GCUAACAGCUAACUCCCGUUCUCUGUGAACGAACAAGGCUAACUGCUAACGUUGAACUACUCAGCAGCGUUAGCACCGCAAACAGCGUGACAAAUGAAGAUAUACAAUCUAUUAGUGUGAUUAUCGAUAUGGUGAUAUGAUCAGAGACGCACUCAGGAAGAGAGUGGCUGCACAUUGGAUCUUCACCUGUCAGCUGACCUGCUGACUCACUGAGCGUGCUCAUAGGGGGGGUUCCCCUCCCAACGGACAAAUACACGCGCACACACACAACUACACAGUCUCUGCUGCAACACACAGGGAUCAGUUCAGGCCGUCACCAUGGUGUUGGCUGACCUGGGGAGAAAGAUCACCUCGGCGCUGAGGUCCCUCAGCAAUGCCACCAUCAUCAAUGAAGAGGUGUUAAAUGCCAUGUUGAAGGAGGUGUGUGCUGCUCUGCUGGAGGCCGAUGUCAACAUCAGACUGGUCAAACAGCUGAGAGAGAACGUCAAGUCUGCCAUAGACCUGGAGGAGAUGGCUUCAGGCCUGAACAAAAGGAGGAUGAUCCAACACGCCGUCUUCAAGGAGCUCGUCAAGCUGGUGGACCCUGGUGUGAAGGCCUGGACUCCCACUAAAGGAAAGAACAACGUAAUCAUGUUUGUCGGUCUGCAGGGCAGCGGGAAAACUACAACCUGCUCCAAGCUGGCUUAUUAUUACCAGAGGAAAGGCUGGAAGACCUGUCUGAUUUGUGCCGACACCUUCAGAGCAGGUGCCUUCGAUCAGCUGAAACAAAACGCCACCAAAGCCAGGAUCCCCUUCUAUGGCAGUUACACAGAGAUGGACCCAGUGGUGAUCGCUUCAGAAGGCGUAGAGAAGUUUAAAGCCGAGAACUUUGAGAUCAUCAUUGUGGACACGAGCGGACGACACAAACAGGAAGACUCGCUGUUUGAAGAGAUGCUACAAGUCUCUAAUGCAGUGCAACCAGACAACAUUGUGUACGUGAUGGAUGCGUCAAUUGGUCAGGCGUGUGAGUCUCAGGCUAAAGCCUUCAAAGACAAAGUGGACAUAGCAUCUGUGAUUGUCACCAAGCUGGAUGGACACGCUAAAGGAGGAGGAGCUCUGAGCGCCGUGGCGGCCACCAGGAGUCCCAUCAUCUUCAUCGGCACAGGAGAACACAUCGAUGACUUUGAGCCGUUCAAGACUCAGCCGUUCAUCAGCAAACUGCUCGGUAUGGGCGAUAUCGAAGGGUUGAUCGACAGAGUGAACGAGCUGAAAUUGGACGACAAUGAGGAGCUGAUCGACAAACUCAAACACGGGCAGUUCACCCUCAGAGACAUGUACGAGCAGUUUCAGAACAUCAUGAAGAUGGGGCCCUUUGGACAGAUCAUGGGUAUGAUUCCUGGGUUUGGCACAGACUUCAUGAGUAAAGGAAAUGAACAGGAAUCAAUGGCCAGGCUGAAGAAGUUGAUGACCAUCAUGGACAGCAUGAAUGACCAGGAGCUGGACAGUAAGGAUGGAGCAAAGCUGUUCAGUAAGCAGCCAAACAGGAUCCAGCGGGUGGCCCGGGGGUCGGGGGUCGCCACCAGAGACGUCCAGGAGCUGCUGACUCAGUACACCAAGUUUGCCCAGAUGGUCAAGAAGAUGGGGGGUAUCAAGGGGCUAUUCAAAGGAGGAGACAUGUCCAAGAAUGUGAACCCGUCUCAGAUGGCCAAACUGAACCAGCAGAUGGCCAAAAUGAUGGACCCCCGAGUCCUGCAUCACAUGGGUGGUAUGGCCGGUCUUCAGUCAAUGAUGCGUCAGUUUCAGCAGGGUGCUGCUGGAAACAUGAAAGGCAUGAUGGGAUUCAACAACAUGUGACCACCGACUAAUCAGCUGCCUUUAAAUGUAAAAAAAAAAAACCCUUAUGGCACCGCCUCCUGAUGGAUACAGAUGGAGCUUAGAGAAAGCGAAAGGUGUAGAAAGACAAAAUAAAGGGAGGAUGUUUGACUUCUCAUCCUUUGCUGCGUUUCACUGAGAAACUGAUUUCUGCUUUUAGAAAAUCAUGUCCAGGAGCAGUUCAACAUUUUUGAGAAGCUUCUUCACUGUUUUUAUCUGAAGAAAAUAAGUUGGAAUAUUGCUUUAAAUGAUGAAGAGGAGGAGGAAGAUUGUUGUUGCUAGUUGUUUAUGGGCCUCCUUAAUUUAAUUCUGUAUCAGUUUGUGUAUAACGUUUCAACGGGGCAGUCGGUCUUGAUUGGAUGAGCUAACGAUGAUGGAGACAUUUAGUUAGUGACAGUAUUUUGUCAUAUAAUAAACAUUUUUAUUGCACCA